CAACACCAUGCUGCUGCAGGGUCCUCUUGCCUGCAGCAGAGCGCCCGCUUUUCCCAGAGCUCUUGGCUCGCUUUCCCCACCUUCUCCGCGUUUUCCUCGUCUCCCAGCCUUUUCCCCACCUCAAGGAUGUCCAAACUAACCUGGAAACGAUGGACGCAGUCCGCGGAUGAUCCCAAAAGCUACUCCCGCAUCGCGAGCAACGUCGAGCUCUUCGAGUACUGCGUCGCUGCCAUGAACAACGGGGACUUCACCAUGCACGCAUGCCUCCAGCUCUCGCUCGAGAAGGACGUCGCCCCCGCCGAUUUCCUCACAAGCGCGCGCAAGGCAUGGCUCGCCCUGCGGUACCAGAUCCCACCGCUCGCCGCCGCCAUCAGCAAGGGCCCCGGCACCGACAUCACCAUGACCUACCGCGUCCCCACUGCCGAGGAAGCUGACGCCUGGGCGCGGGGGACCGUCAACAUUCACGAGGGCGCUAACGGCAGCCUCGAGGAAGCACGCUUCCAGGUCAGCUCCCGCCCGAACCCCGCUGAGGGCUCGGGUCUGGGGUGCUUCGUGCACGUUGUACCGGGAGCGAGCCAGCGGGAGUACGGGCUGGUGAUCGUGGUGAACCACGCCUUGUUCGACGGGACGGGCGGCAAAAUCGUGAGCGGGCGCUUCCUCACCCACCUCGCGGAGGUGUUGCGUGCAGAGGGGCGCGCGCCUGAGAUCGCGUGGGGCAAGGAGGUAGAGAACCUCCUGCCGGGGUACGAGGAGGUCAUGUCGGAUACCGAAGCCGCUGCGGACGAGAAGGCACGGAAGGGAACAUUGGAUGCUGUCUUGGGCGAGAUCGUCCGGCUGGCUGAACGUGCACACACCGUCACGUACGCAGCGACCUAUGUUCCGCCUGAUAAGCCAAAGCGCACGUCCACUCGUGUCGCAUCGCGCGUGGUCGACCAGGAGACCAGUGCACGCAUCCUUGCCGCCUGCAAAGCACGCGGCUAUACGCCCAAUCAUGUUGCAAACGCCGCCCUCUCCAUCGUCCUCGCCCGCAACAACCCUCCCACCCCCUCGACCCCCGACACCGCCUCCCACGUCUACUGGCUCGCCAUCAACUGCCGCAACCGCCUGCGCCCACCCUACAACGGCGACGCUGUCUACCCCUUCUUCGCCAUGAACAUGUACCCGCUCGCCAUCCCCGUCAAAGACGCUUACCUUCCGGAGAGCGCGGCCAAAGAUGAGGUCAAAGCACGCUUGCUCGCCCUGACCGAGCGGGUGAAGCCUACGUAUGUAUAUGGGAAGACGCUGCCUGCUUUGCUUGCGAUUGAGCAGGAGCUGAUGGACAUGCUGAUUGGGCCGGUGCUGGCUGCUGGGACCAUGCCACCGCAAACGAACCCCCUCUUCAUGGCGGACGGUGAUGCUAACAAACAGAUCCCGACCGCCUGCCCUGGCGCGUUCACCGUCUCGCGCUACAUGAUGUCGGUGAACAAGCGAGACGGCGCUCCCAUCUGCCGGCUGCAGACCUUCAGAGGCAAGCUCGUCUUCAACAUGGACUACAACCCCGACGCGAUCCCGCGCGAGGUGGCGGAAGAGUGGACGCAGGCGUGGGUAGACACGGCGGCCCUCAUUGCUCCCCUUGGCUGUCGAACUCCUGUUUGCGUGCGUGUGUCAGUGCUCUCCGCUCUGUCGUUAUUUGUUCCGAACCCUCUUUCAACUGCCAUGGCGCUCUUGACUGCCACGACCAUGGCUGCCUUUUCCUUCUCAGAACUGCUGUCCUCCAAUCGCGCGCCCACCAACAAUGAGCGCCAAUGCACGCUGUCCCUCAUUCAAGGCUGGCGCGCUGAAGAGGAUGCCCUCGAGGGCGAAGUCCAUGCCCUGCAGGUGGCGCUUACGCAGAAAUCCGCGAAGCUGAAGGACGUCCGAGGCCGUAUCCAUCUCCACAGAGGUACUCUGUCGCCCCUGCGAUCUCUGCCCCUCGAAGUCCUGCAGCACAUCUUCCGCUGCACGCUCCCGGCCACGCACAACGCGCUCCUCUCGCCGGACGAGCCGCCGAUCCUGCUGACCCGCGUCUGCCGCGGCUGGCGGGCGGUGGCGCUGAGCACGCCCGAGCUCUGGGCGUCCUUUCACGUUGUGUGCACGCCGUUCGACACGGAGAUGUCUGAGCAGGCCAGGGAGGCCGUCGAGCAGCGGCUUCGGGCUGUCGAGACGUGGCUCGUGCGCUCGGGCACGUGGCCCCGGGGCAUCUCCAUCCGUGCCGAGUAUCUGCCCAUCUUCAUGGAAGGGGGACGCCGACUCACGUCUACCGUGACAUCCGUGUUGCGCGCCAUCCUCCCUCAUAGUCGUCGUUGGAGGGAUCUGACGGUCACCGCUACGACGGGGGAAAUGGCGGAGCUGCUUCCUCUGCGUCUCGACUUACCCCAGCUGCGGUCCUUUGCGUUCUGCGAGCUUGGCGGGUCAGUGCAUCCUGGUACGGAUGGGCGUACCCGGCCUGUCUUCUUAUCCGGUGCCCAAGGUCUGCAGCACGUCACGCUGCUGUACCGCAGUAGCGAUCAGCUGAAGGCGCUCAGUGUGCUCUCGCUCCGAAACAUGGUCUCCCUGCAUCUGUGUGCUGAGUACACGAGUGAGGCGCUGCGCGAUGGCCUACAACACCUCGUCGACGCAUGCGUGCACCUGCGGCACCUGCGUCUCAGGCUCACGCCGAACGACCGUGAGGGCUUUGGGGGUCUCGGGGAGGAGGAGGCUCCUUACAGAGGCUCGCCGACCGUCCUUCCCGAUCUUGCGACACUCGACUUGGCAUGCUACCCAGCGAUAUCCAAGGCGCUCUUCGAUCGCAUCUCUGCCCCGAGUCUCAGCACGCUGUCCCUAUCGAUGAUUUGCUAUAUCUUGCGCGAUGGGCCUCAGUCGACGGCACUAGCGCUCUUCCUGCGCCGUUCAGGCAUGCCAGUCCGGAAGUUGUGUAUCACGGCGUACGAGGCUGAAAUUGUACUUGAAUGCCUGCCCUAUCUACCGCACUUGGAGGAGCUAGUAUUCAACCGACGCCGUACCGACGCUGAGUGCCGGUGGACGCCGAGGCCAUCGGUGCUCGAGCCCUUGCUGCAGGAGGGCCACGCUAUGGCUUGCCCUCUCUUGCGGUCAGCUGAGUUCGAUGGCCUUCGUGUGGACAUGCAGUGGCUGUUGCAGUUCUUGCGAGCGCGAGCGCUGAACCUACACAAUGACCAGCCGGCUCUACGCUCCGUCAAAGCGUAUCUCUCGACCCCGCCAUCCGAUAACGUGGAAGAGCUGGUCGCGCCAUUCAGAUUGGCGGGCGUCGAUGUGGAGAUGCAGUGGAAUGAGCGUAAGCAGGAGCGAACGUAUCGUCCUGGGAUCGGUGUGAACUGGGAAGCGGUAGUCGAAGAGAUGAGCCGAGACGUAGAUGAUACUGGAGGGAGUUGGGGAUACUAAGAUGAUUCAGGCCGAGCUUUCAUAAGGUCCGCAGUAGACAUAAGCGUGCUUUUUUGUAUAUAUAUUUUGAAUACACGUGGCGAGAACGACGUGACGCGUUUGGCAGU